AUGAUGGCCGCCAUGAUGCUCGGGUCGCAACGGUGGGCGCUCAUCCAGAUGGUGGUGCAAAGGUCGCCCCCCUCCUCGGCCCUGGGGCAGCUGACCAAGCUGCAGCUGGCAUCGCGCAUGCUGCCCGUGGCCGGGUUCGUAUGCCUGAUUCUCGCCGCCGCCUUCGAGCCGCUGGCCUUCUCGUGGGAGGCCCUGGGGCAGCCGAUCUUGCGGCUGAGCGUCCCGGGAAUGGCCGCGUGCAUCGUGCUGCUCACCGUCGCCGAGCUGGGCGUGGUCCAGCGGACGUCGGCCGUGGCAGUGCAGGUGCUGGCGACGCUGCACCAGAUCCCCGUAGCUUUUGUUGGGGCCGUGGUGUUCCACGAGACCGUGAGCCCGCUCAGCGCUGCCGGAUUCGGCAUGUGCGUGGUGGCCGCGCUCGUGUACGCGCUGGCCCGCCGCGCGGAGGCGAAGAGCAUGCAGGCCGGGGGCGCGCAGCUCGCCAGCGAGGAGCACGACGGCGCAGACGUGCCCCCGCUCGGGGAGCUGGAGAUGCGGGACGAGCGCUGGCGCUCGCUGGGCGGCGGCUCCCGCAAGAGGGUGGGCCACUCGUGGAGCGCCGUGGACGGCGCGGACGGCGAGAGCGUGCUGCUCGGCGCCGCGCGCGCCCUCCAGCAGCUCCGGCCUGGGCGCGACCAAGACGAGGAGGGC